AUGGCUCAAUGGUACAUGGCGCCAACUAAAAUAUCAAAAUUUGAUACGGCUAUGAAUAUUAAGUGUUGGAAAUGUAAAUUAAUUACGGAAUUACAUCCAUAUGUGCUGGUCAUGUAAAAAAGUGUUUGUGGUGUGGAAGUGGGCUCAGUAUAUUAUUCAUACAUUUUGGGGUGUUAAAAUAUUGCCAAUGGCCAAAAUUAAAUAAAAUAGAACAAUUUCUAAUUACUCAUUGUUUAAUAGCUUGUAAAAUAGUGAUAGCAAGAAAUUGGAAGGGAGACGCCCCCUUUAACAUCAAGUUAAUAACAAUACAGUUGGUUUACCAACUUAGAAUGGAGAAGGAUCACUGCAGAUUUAUGAAUGACAACUGGAACCUUUGGGAUAGUUGGGAAAAAAAACUACUACAAAUGUAAUAUCAAUACCAUCUGAAUUGUGAUAGAGGGGUCGGUAGUCUGGAGAACUCUCGUGGGGGGGGUGGUUUUUCUGUCUUUGUUCGUGUAUAUGAAUGUUUUACUAUUUUAUGUAUCAAUGUAAUUUUGGUGACAAAUUCAAUAAAAAGAUUAUUGAAAAAAAAAAAAAGAAGAAAGGAAUUAAAGGCGACACACACCUAGAACCACAGGCUGUCAGCUGUCAUACUGUAUGUUCAUAGAAUGAGUCCAUUGGUUAACCCAGUUACCACAUUAACCACAUAUAAUAAUUCCUCCCAUUGAUCUGAUUAAUCUAGACAUAGCCAUGUUAAAAGGGAGAGAUUAGUACAUUGGACUUCUAGAACCCUACAUGAUUAACAACUAAUGUAACUGCUGAUAAUUUGAAUAAGGGUUAAUUUAUCUGGCUCUGUGUAUGUUUAAAGGAACCAUAACACUCUUAUGUUACAUUGGCCUGUUUGGAUUUUCCAAGAUUAUGACCUUAAAAUUUAUGUUUCUAGCCAGUCCUCUGCCAGAAUCAAUCCCUAAGUAAAUACCGGUGAGAAGUUGGUGUAUUUCGUGUCAUUGACCUAGAUUAGCCCUGCUUCCUGACUACGUGUUUCUGGUACCCAGGGUUUUUAAAUUGAGUUUUGAUUUUUCUCUCCUGCCUGACAUAGUGUGAACACCACUGUGGCUCCCCUGCUGUUUGCCGACCAGUUCCUGGAAAUCUCCACCUCUCUUGCCUCCGAAUAUCUGUACGGAUUGGGGGAACAUCUCACCUCCCUCAAUCAUGACCUCAAAUGGAACCGACUUACGUUCUGGAAUCGAGAUCUCAUUCCUGCGGUAAGGAGUUGUGAGACUCCAGAAUGUCUCUUCUAAAUCCUAUAGAGCAGAAUCGAUGGGAUUGCCAUCUAUUCUCAGUCUCAAUGUAUUUUCCUUUAGUACAGUUAGGUACAAUAGAAAAAAUAUCUGAAUCACCACAUAAGGUUUAUAAAAUUGAUCUUUAAUUAAAGAGCGUAUUAUAGGGAAAUGCAAGUAUUUGUGUAGAAGUGACCAGGGAUCAAAGUGAUAAUAAUGUGAUUUUCUCUGUGUCCUGGUGAUGUGAAUAAAACUCGUGUUCUAAGUCAUUCAUAGUUCGUCUGUGGGUUGAAAUUUAUCUUACGAAACCCCUUUCACUCAAAUCCUGCUCUCCCCAAAAUUAGAAAAGAAAAAUCAUCAAGCUAAUCAUUGUAAUUUACAUCAUCCUAGUUAGGGUAUGGUCUCUUUAAAGGAAGGAAUUAUCAAUCUCCCAUAUUGAACUAUUCUCAAACCAAUUCACAUUAAAAACAGUGGUUGUAGGAAGUCUAGUGGGAGUGGGUAGUGGAAGUAUUGUUAGAUUGAUGUAAUGGGAGUAGGAAUCCUGGAAUAGCUGUUAUAGAGAAGUGUUAGUGGAUAGUGGGAGUAGAAGUCAGGGAGGAAUGGGCAGGGGAAGGAGCAUUUCCUGGUGACGUAGCCUGGGGGGGGGUUAAUGAAUUCUGAAUUACUGUACACACAGUCCAGUCGUUGCCGCCUGGUCCGGGGCAGAUCCGGACACAUCCAGGUUUGUUUAUGUAAUUCCACCUAGUUAGCACUAAAACAAAUCCUCCAUCUACGGAUAAGCUUGGACAGUUUACCCUUUGUAUAGUAAAACUACUUAAUGAAAUUGCUUGUUCAAAGUUUAAGUUAAUAACAAACUGCCGGUAAUUGUUGACUUGUGUUGAUUGUCUCUCUGUGACUCGUUUUUGGAAAUACUUAGAACCAUUAAAUAUUCGUCUCAGCGAUUUAAUACACAAACCGUAGAAAUGCAAACAGAAAUAUGUCAGAGUAAGGGGAUAUGUUUGAAUGAUAGAAGAUCAUUUUGUUUUUCCUAAAUAAAGGUCAGAUCCAGAAGGGGAAGCAACCAAGCAGGGCCAAUUGCAAGUAAAAGUGAUGAUGUGGCCAGCUAUAUAGUGGUUAACGAUUAAAUGAUCGUUUAUUUACAUCACGAUCAAGCUAAACAUUAUCAGACUGUUUCGGAUUUAACCAAAUGUAAAGCUACAUAACUUGUGCUUGCUUGCAAAUUGAAUAGUUGUAGAAGCAGGGGAGGGCUGGCAGCCUUAGGCCUGGGGGGCAAAUCCAGUCAAGUGGCCCAUUGCACCAAGAGGUGAGUAAAAACACCUUUCCCAUGUGAUUGAAAGGGGGGGGGUUGGGGCAGUCACCUAAACAGACACUCAAUGACAGGCACACACUAAAAAACUCACACUCACUGACAGGCACACGCACACACUCACUAACAGGCACACAGACACACACAGAAAGACACACUAUUAUAGGCAUACUGACUAAGACAGACAUACUGACACAAACACACAGACAAACUGGCACACACACAGAGACAUACUUGCACACACACACACACAGACAUACUGGCACACACAUAAACAGACAUACUGGCGCACACACACAAACAGACAUACUGGCUCACACACACAGACAUACUGCCGCACACACACAGACAUACUGACGCACACACGCACAGACAUACUGACACACACACAUACAGAGACAUACUGACACACACAGACAUACUCAUACACACACAUACACCCAAACCUUACACUUUAAAAACCAGUAGACAGGGGCUGAGUAGGGGGACAGGGGCUGUAGUGGAGGGUAUAAGCUGUAAUUGGGGGUUUAGGAAAAGUAAGGGGAGGAUAGGGGCUGAAGCAGGUUGAUGGCUACAAUUUGGGAAAUGGGCUGUGGUGUGGGUGAUAUGGGUUGCAAUUGGGGGAGUGGAGCUGUAGUGGGGAUGUUAUGGGGCUGUGGGGGCAUGGGGCUGAGGAAGGGGCAGGAGCUGAGAGAGGGGAAAGGAGCAGGGAAAUGGUUGGACAGGGGCUGAGAGGGGAGGACAGGGGCUGAGGAAGGGGGAUAGGGGCUGAAGAAGGGGAUAGGGGCCAUGGGUGUCUCCAGUAGGUCUGUUAGCAGAUCUCCCACCCCUCGCCAGAGUGUUUGUAUUUUCGUGCAUGUCCACCACAUGUGCACGUAGGUGCCCCAUUCACUGCAGCCCCGCCAGCAGAGAUUGGUAGCCCCCAAGCCCAUGCGGUAUAAUGUGGUGCGUGUGGUGUACCAGCACAUCAUUGUUUUGAUCGCUUGCUCCUGGACGCCAACACUGAUGGAAACUUUGGAGGCCGCUUCCCAUAUAUGCUGCCACACCCCACUCUCUUGCACCUCCCCGAGGUCCGCCUACCACCGGUCCGUGUAGGUCAAGUUACCCCAUUCUGCGAAUUCGGAACUAAUCUUGUUGUAUAUGGUGGUUAUGAGGCCUUUGCUUCCCGGUUCCUGGUUGCAGAGCCUUUCAAAGAAUGUUGGGGUUCGCUCUGCCGCCACUCUUACAUUGCUUCGUGUCGCGAAGUCUCGCAAUUGCAGGUAUCGGAAAAAGUCCCUUGGCGCUAAGGGCUGGUGUAGCGAAGGAAACAAAUGAGUGGUUUACGUAUAGGUGUUUGAACCUCUGCAGGCCAGCUUUCUCUAAGCCAGUGAAGUCCCUCGCUCUGAUGCCAGGUGGGAAGGCCCUAUUUCUCAGGUAGGAGGUCAUAGGGGAUGGGUCCGAAGUUAGGGCAAGCUUUUUCUUAACUCUGUCCCAUAAGGUGAUAGACGUCAGUAUGGGCAGUCAGUUCUAGGUAGAGCCCUGUGUUGUUUGUCCGUCCAUAUGUAGAACUGCGGGAGAGGCAUAUAGGCCUUUAUGCUAUGGGGUCCUAACCUUGCCCUUCCCAGGUGCAAUAGUUAAAAAACUUAUGAAAAUAAUCUGUGCCGAGUGUAAAAAUAGUAAAAGAAAAGAAAUGAAUGUAACCAUAAACAUAAACAGUCGGGAACUGUGGUCUUUGUAAGUGUUGGUUUGGUGAUCCUAGGGAGGAUUUGGAGGACAGGGCUCAGCAUUGUAGAGAUUCAAGUUGCCCCUCUUGUAUGCGCUGGACCCUGAGCUGUGCGGGUUGUAAACUCUGAUAUGGUAGAUGGAUUUAGCUGCGACAGGCCCAAGCUUCCCGCUCUCGCAGUAUCUUCUAGGCCCAGGUCCUGCAUGAUUGAUUGCAGCUCUGAGAGUGUUUUCACACGAUAGUGGUGUCUAGGUGCAUGAAGAGGAGCAUCUUCAGCAUCCUCCAUCUGUAUUGAAUUUUCCGCUGGCAGAGGGUGAGUAAAAGUGGCUACAAGGCCAUGCUCCAUGUGAUUGCACUAGGAGUAAGGUCCAAGAAGAACGACAGGGACGAACCCUUCAACAGGUAAUCCUGGAGUCGUAGGUGCUUGAUGAGGCUCCAAAAAGGUAAGGUGAGAGUUGGCAUCUGCAAUGGCUUCCUUGACAAAGGCCAUGCUGUCCACAAUAUUCGUCCGAGGUUCCACCAGCAUUAGUAGGUCUGUUGUGACCGGGUCUCCCGUGGAGGGAAACUUGUUGCUGUGUCCCGUCUGUGGUCUAGCUGAGGCCCUUUCCCCUGGGUCAAAUGGUGUGUCGUCCAAUGAGUAAGAGGAUUCCUCUUCAGCCAACGCCAUUUUGUCUCAUAUAAACUUUUAGGAACCACGCAGGAGUUUUCCUAUGUCCCUGUUUUUUUAGCCCUUUAUCUGCUCUCUGUUUUUUGCUUUUCCUCCCCAUGUCACCGUCUCCCAGUGAAUGAGGGCUAUUAUAGUCAGGUAAAUGCCAGUUAUCACCCCCAAAAUGCUGUUGUAGUGCAUUAGGACUCGAAGCACAAGAAAACGUUGAGCUGCUGGCUCUGCACCUUGUCAACAUUUUUAAUCACUCAGAAGCUCAGAAACACAAAAUUUAAGAAUAGACAUGAGUCAUUUUAACCUAUGUUACUAUGUAACUAAUAAUAUAUAUUUUAAGAAAACCUUUGUCUAUAAGGUCUGUGGUUUGAUCCAUUGCAGGUCACCAGAUAAUGUCUGACUGAUUCGGAUCACUUUUUGUCUCCUCAGAAAAAUUCCAACUUGUACGGGACUCAUCCUUUCUAUCUUUCCAUGGAGAAGGAUGGCUCUGCCCAUGGCGUCUUCCUUCUCAACAGUAAUGCCAUGGGUAAGUAUAAGGUUUAGUUGCACUGCCAGUAGGGGUAGAUGUGAUUUUUCUGUAUUAGACAAGUCGAUCACAAUAUAAUUAAAUGGACAUUCUAAGCAUCAUAACAUCUUCACCAUAACGAAGUUGUUACAGUGCCAGGAGGUCUUGGUUUUAUCAAACUUGCAAAGACAGCUCCUAUUCACUCUACUCAGAUGAUGCUCCCAACCUGUCGCUUGCUCCCCAUUUAUAAACAUGAGUGAACAACUGUAAGCUCGUUUGAGCAGGGUCCUCUUUAACCUAUCGUUCCGGUAAGUUUUCUUGUAAUUGUCUUAGUUAUAGUUAAAUCCCCCUCUCAUAAUAUUGUAAAGCACUACGGAAUCUGUUGUCUCUAUAUAAAUGACAAUAAUAAUAAUAAUAAUAAUAACAAGGUUCCUCCAAGUUUGUAAGUCCUAAAUGGUUUAAGCUCUUAAGGUGAGAAAGCAUCUGUGACCUCCUGGCAACAUAACAACUUCAUUAGAUUAAGUUGUUGUCUUGAUGCCUAGAGUCACCGAUUAAUGACCAUGUAAUCUCCUUUAUAUUUUGAAAAUACACUGGUUGGGUAUUUGAUCAGUAUUUUUUCAAGUUUUUUAAUUGUUUUAAUUACUCUAGACUUAAUCAUUUGAAAUCUGUCACUUACUCCCCCCACCCAGACCUUUUUUCUUUCUCCAUUUUUAGCUCCCUCCAUCUAGUGGACCUGGCAGUCAAGGGUCCCCUGAAAUUCUUGGCUCUUAAAGGGUUUUACCCACUUUACUCUUUAGUUCCAAAUUUAUGUUUAUUUUUAAACAAUUUAGCACAUUUCUUUGAAUCGGGUUAUCAAAGUGCUUGCAUGGCCAGGAACAGAGUUCUGAUUCUUUCUAAUAUAGAAAGUUGAUAUCUCUGAUUCCCAAAGUAUAUAUGACUGUUCUGUAUCCUAUUUCUAGAUGUCCUGUUGCAGGAAGCUCCCGCACUGACCUGGAGAACCACAGGAGGGAUCUUUGACUUUUAUGUUUUCCUGGGGCCCGAACCUAAAUCCGUGAUCCGACAGUACCAUGAGGUCAUCGGUAAGCGCCCCAUAACCACUGGAUGUCUAGAGAGACUGGAGAGAUUAUUAUGAUCAUGGCAUGAUCAGUACCACAGAAUUUUGUCUGUGCAUGGACAAGAGAUAACAGGAAGGAUGGAUGAACAGUUGAAUGAAUGGAUGGAUGGAUAGAUGGACAGAUGGGUUUUUGUCACUGUUCCAUAUUUUAUAUGUAUGUAGAACUUAUCUCAGUCUGCUGCUGCUAGCAAGUCCUUAUUUUCUGAGAUUGUAGUCAAACGUCAUAAGAAGAGCAUUCACUCGGUGUAGGACUUUCUUUGUGCAACAAGCUUUUCAUGGACUGAAAUCUUUGAUGUGAAACAGAUUACAAUGUGUUUUUGGAGCUAGUUCUACCAUUCAAAUAUCACUUCAUUACCUUCAUGGAUUAGCUGAAUCUAAUAUAAGAAACGCAUUGAUACACAAACUAAAAAAAGGUUGAAAAUUCUAGAACUUUAUAGGACUUUACCAAAUAAAUGUCAUUUAUUUCAUAAAGUAGAGGUUAAUGGGUAUUUGAGGAUAACCGACUCUCCUUGCAGGUUUUCCUUUCAUGCCACCUUACUGGGGUCUUGGAUUCCACCUGAGUCGCUGGGGAUAUACAUCGACCAAAAUGACUCGGGAAGCUGUGGAAAACAUGACAGCUGCCGGGUUUCCUCUGGUAAGAGGGUCUCCCAAUGCUCAAUAUGUCAUAACAUUAUUACCCUGGCUUUCUGGGGUAAUUUCAUAAACUAGAAAUAAUUCAUAGACACUGAAAGGCUGCAUCUUGACAGUGGAAUUUGUAAACCAAAAAUAAACCAUACAUAAAGCGGAGAGCUGUGUGAGUUUUAUUUCACUUAUUUUUAUGUCUGGUUUAUUAUAUUCAGUGAGCGCGAUGUGUUUUCCAUUUUAUCUUUUGUAGAUCGCUCUGCUUGCCUUGUGUUCAGCUACUGUGUUAAGUAUUAUAUGUGUGUUCACAUUUUUUGGGGGGUGUAUUAUUACUUUUUACUUUCACAAUUACUACAGGUGUGUAAAUGGGAUACACCUAACAAUACACCCCUCUUUUUCUAUUUUCUUUAUUUGAAGCGCCAACACACUUUGCUCUAUCUUUAACACCAAAAUAAAUGUCAACGAGAUUUAUUCCAACGUUUCUACCCAACUUCAGGGUCUUUGUCAAAGACCCUUUAGUAGGGUCAAAACGUUUCCUGGUUCCACAAUGGUGGAAUAAAUCUCUUUGACAUUUAUUUUGGUGUUGUGGCUCAUUAUUGUGUUUGUUUUUUUAAACUGUAUGUUAGAUAUUGGGUGGAGACUUUGGAGAUUUGCACCCAAAUACCUAGUAGAGUGCUGGCCCUCCCUACUGUUUUGUAUCAGUGAUGCUGAUGUCAGAACAGAAAAUAUUCCCAAUUUGGGUUUAAUCGUGAGGGCCACAUUUCUUACUCAAUUGGUACUCCGUAGACCAGCUUGUCUUCCACCUGGAUGACUUAGAAUGAAAAAUAUUUCCCCCGGCCAAUGAAACAUGCACGCUGACUAUAUAUUUUUUUCUAAUCUACAGCUGAAAAAAUGUUUAACACUACAGAGACAAUGUAACAUUAAAAGCAAUUGUCAAAAACAAUGAAUACAAUUGAGUUUUGCAUUCAGGGCUUUUGGUGUCUCCAUCAAAGCAGCUUUGAACAAGCAUAAACGGACCCUUUACUUGUCCAGAAGGUCGAAAAACAAUACAAGCAAUUUUAAAUAGUAGUCUGGCAACAGAGGGAACUGAAAAUUACUUUUAAAAAAAAUAUGAUGAAUGCUGAACGCACCACACAGUAAAGGAUACAUAGCGAAGUAUCGAGCACCAACAUGUAAUCGCAGGAGAGGGGGGAAGAGAGAGGAGAAAAAAAAAAAAUAUAACCGUAACCUAAUAACAAGGCACAAACACCACCGGGAAAUGAGGCAAUUAGUAAUCUGGCUAGGUACGCAACAAAAUACCUUCACCCAAACAGAUUCUAGUACCCGAAACUAAAACAGACCAAAACAAAGGUAGAACUCACAACAAAAACAUGAAGGGGCUAGGAGACGCAUCAAAAAGUGUAAAAAGUGUAAAAUGUGUAAUGUGUAACAAAGUUAACAAACCAACCGCUGUAACCUGCAACUUGUACCCUGCACCCCUCCCUUUAUCUUUUGUACCCCCUUACCCCACCCAUACUGUUUUGUGAUAUGCAAUUGACUAAACCAAAACACGAAUAAACUUCAAGUUGUAAAAAAAAAAUAAAAAAAAAUAUGAUGAACGUCAAUAGAACUUUGAGAUGUUCUAAAAUGUAACCAGUUGGUACCUCUUGUUAGUGGAUUGUAUUACAGAAGAUCCAUGACUUUGAUUACCAAAAGAAUUGUCAGAAAUAUUCCUUUGGUUCUAAUUAGUCUCUACAAUACCCACUUUAACACUUACUACUCCAGAAUUUCCUUUAACUUUCCUCUCUUUUAUUUAUUAUAAGUCACACACAGAACAUGGUGCAUGAAUCUCCUAGAUGCUGUUUUUGGUGAAUAGGGAUUAAGCUUGGUCUUCAUGUAGAAUCUUCACCUUUGUGCACUACUUUUUUUUUAAUAUCUCCUUUUCAUGUUGUUUAUAAUGUUUCUACUUUUCUCAUCUGUAAUGUGUCUCCUUUAUUAAAAAAAAAUAUUAUUAAAAGCAUAAGCAACAUUAGUUAAAGUAUGUGCACGUAUUUCAUAUGGAUUUAGUUUGUGGAAGCAGGCCGAGGAGGAGAUGAAUCGUUCUUACUGUUUCUCUGUCUCCAAUUAAGGACGUCCAGUGGAAUGAUAUCGAUUACAUGGACAGUUACAGGGAUUUCACAUAUGACCCGAAAAACUUUGGCGAUUUUCCAGAAAUGGUGAAGGAGUUCCAUGAACAAGGAAUUAAAUAUGUUCUGAUUGUGGUGAGAAUCCAGAAUCUGGUCUGUGUGGGCGCAGAGUGCUUUGUGGUUUAUUUGAAUAUUCAUGUAUUAAAUCCCACUUCUAUUUGACUCCAGAAAAACAAACAUUGUAAUGUCUGAGAAAGUGUUACAUUUGCUCCAUACUAGUGGGAAACUGAGAUAUUGCAGUGUUUUUCACCCAUUUCUACCACCACAUUUCAGGAGCCAGCAAUCAGUAGUACAACCCCUCCUGGGACGUAUCCUCCAUACGACGAUGGACUGAAGAGAGGCGUGUUUGUCACCAAUGAGACCGGGGAACCCCUUGAGGGCAAGGUAAUAACCUAGGAGGGCACAGAAUUUCUAAUGGUGGCAAUUUAUGAAUCCAUGUCUUUUUAGUUAUAGUUCCCAUACUAGUCGCUGUAGUGAGAAAGCAUUCUGACACCUAAAAAAAGAAGUAAAAUGCUUAUAUGGUCACCUGUACAAAUGGGUAGGGCCACUACCUUAAUCACCUGGUUUAAGAACUAACUUCAGUUUGGAAGUUCUUUACCAACUUUAUGCAAACUCAAUGAGGUGAAACGCACUGAAAUUCUAUCUGGCGGUUUCCUCUAUCAGGAGCCUGCGUCCAUGAUGUGCACUUGCGCAUGCACAAGAGUAUUACUCUCAUUGUGUACAUUAUGGAAGAUUAUGUGUGAUCUUCUCCAGAUGACAUCACAAACUCACAAUGUGAGGCUGUCGUUAGAUACUUUAACAGUGUAAGAGCUGAAAGAGACAGAACGUGGUGCAUACAAGGACACAGCACAAAUAGUCCUUUCUUUAUCUCAUGUUUGCGUUCUGGUUGUGUUGAUAUUUCAAUAAAUUUUCUCUAUUUACAUGUUUUUCACGUUUUCUAUUCUUUUCUAUUUUUUGAAAAUGUUAAAAGUGGCAUUACAGCUUUAAAACAAUAGAAUUUAUUAUUUUCACCAUUGUGUGGUUCUUUCUAAAUGUCAUGGCAGUCUCCUAUAUUUACAGAAUUACUGGUUCAGUUAUACUUUCUAUAAUACUUAAAAAUUGAGUUACUUUUGUUUUUUAAUUUUGACCAUUAGUUUUCUAUUUGUAUGCUUUUUCCAUCCUGUGUAAAAAUAAGUUUUCGGUUCAUGCUUUGUCAUUCAAAGCCACUGAUUGUUCUUUGUAUAAAUCAAUUCUGGGUCAAAGUUCUGGAUGGGAAGCCGAUGGAAUGUUACUGCUGAACCACUUUUAAAGCCUUUCCCCAUUAGCUAUCUCAGAGGUCCAUUGCCCCUUAGAAUACAUACGGUGACUCACCUGUAGUGAUCUCUGCGGUUGCCAAUCCGAUCCUGGUGGCCCUUGGUAAAAACUUUCACUCAUUCUGUAUAUGUAUCCAUUGCCCAGGUCUGGCCAGGUCCCAACGUGUACCCCGAUUUCACAAACCCAGAGACAUUGGAUUGGUGGCAUGACAUGGUAAAGAGUUUCCACGACCAGGUGCCUUUUGAUGGGAUGUGGCUAGUAAGUAACCAUUCUCCUUGCAUUCUAUUGUGUAAAGUUAUAGAAUCUAUCAUCUGAUCAUAUAUGCAAUAGCCGAGAUCAGACGAAAAAAAGAGAGAACAUUCAGUGAAAUCAGCCACUAUGAUUAUAUUGUGCGUUAGAGAUUACUUAGCCAAUGUAUGCUCAAUGAGAUAAUGGCUGGGAGGCACGCAUUGUGUCAACACGUCGUGGGGACCGUAGCAGUAAGAGUAACUACCUGGGGGCGACAGAGAUAUAUGAAAGCAGAGAAUUAUAUAGCCACAUGGGGGCAGGAAUGUGAUAUAUGGCCACAGGAGGUUGUUAGAGAGUUAUAUGACCACCCUCGGGUAGCAGAGAGACAAGUGACCACAUGGGGGCAGGAGAGAGAUAAAAGGCAACACGGGGGCAGCAAAGAGAUAUUUGGACACCUGGGAGCAGCAAUAGAUAAAUGGCCACAUGGGGGCAGGAGAGAGAUAAAUGGCCACACUGGGGACAAGAGAGAGAUAAAUGGCCACACUGGGGCAGCAGAGGGAUAUAUGGACUAG